GAUCGUGAAGGAGAAUAGUGGUUGUUUAUUUUGAUUUUUACAAUGGCUUUUACUGGCGGGAGCGUUUGUAGCGCAAUAAAUUGCACCAACAACAGAAAGAAGACACCAAAGCUGUCUUUUUUUAGGUUUCCUAAGGAUCCUGAGAGGAGCAGAAAAUGGCUUGUUAAUAGCAGGCGAGAAGACCUCAUGAAGAAAGACCCAGUGUACCUGUAUAGUAAUAUUAGGUUUUGUUCGCUACAUUUCGAACAAAACCAGUUCAUGAACGCAGACAACAACAAACUCGUGUGGAAUGCAGUACCCACCCUGUUUGACAUUCCAAAUAAGCCACCUCAGCUGACGAUGAAGAGGAAACUGCCACAAAGAUUCGACAGUCAAUCUAAAGCAGUAAAACAGUCCUAUGACACAGAAGCAGCUGGUUCAGCUCACCAUGUAUCAGUGCCAGAUUCGUGUGAAUCGUCAACACAGACCUGCUUUGACGAUGAAGUGGUUAGAUUAAGUGCAGCUGUUCGUGUCUUGCAAAAGCGUGUGAAGUGUCAGAAUGUGCAAAUCGCUAGACUUCGAGCGAAACUAUUACGGGACAAGGAAAGUGCCUACAGACAGCGACAGAAAUUGUAUCAGAAGGAGCAAGUGAACAAGGACAAACGAAUGUUAAAGACUAUAGGAUCCCGAUAUUUAAAAAAAGAUGCCCUUGACUUGUUGUUAAGCCAGAUUAGCAUGCCAUUGAAAGAGAAACGUGCUGCAAGAUGGAAAGACGAAAAUAAGCUGUUUGCUCUAAAUUUACUAUAUUACAGCACUCAGGCAUACAGGUUUUUAUCAGAAUGUUUUAUGCUUCCAUCAGUGCGUACACUACAAAGCCCACAAAUUAUUGCUGCUGCUGCUCUUGGUUCUGAAAAAGUGGUUACUGAAGCUGACUGUGGUGUUGGUUGGGUUUCUGGUGUUGUUGCUAAGACUGUUGUAGUAGUUCCUGGAGUACUCAUUCAUGUUACUGUUGGUGGUGCUGCAGAUGAAGCUGAUUGUGACGUUUGUUAG